AUUUUAUCAAUUUCAAAUGCAAAACAGACUUAAUAAAGAGCUUCAAGACUUGACUACAGGUAAUCCACUUGCAGGAGUGAAUAUUACACCUGAUCCUAAUAAUAGAUUAUAGUAUAGAUUCAAUAUAUAAAUCAUAGAUGGAUGGCUAUUGUUGCAGGACCAGAAGGUACAGCUUAUUAAGGAGGAAAGUUUAAACUCGCCAUCACCUUCCCAGAGAAUUACCCAUUCAAGGCCCCCUUCUUUUAAUUCUAAACUAAAAUCUUCCAUCCAAAUAUUAAUGAAAAGGGUGAAUUUUGCGAAGACAUGAUUGAAACAAAGGUAUUUUGAUUCAUUGAGGAUUAGGACUAAUGGCAACCAACAAAAACUGUUAAGUAGGUCUUGGAAAAAAUCUUAAAUAUCCUUGGACAAGUUAAUACUGACUAAUCACUCAACAAUUAAGCAAUGGAGAUGUAUAAAAGUGACAAGAAUAAAUUUGAAGAGUUUGUUAGAUCAGAAACAAAGAAGCACGCCUCAUGAAUUAUCAUUAGUAUUAUUCAUUGUAAAACAUUAAUCUAAGACACUC